GUGUUGACGGUAAACCACUACGAACGUAUCUCGCUCAGGUGUUGUAUAUGGUGUUUUUACACUAGUCAUAUACAUAAAUGAACAACUACUCACCGUUUCAAAUGGUUUCAAAUGGCCCGUUGCCGUUUUCUUUUUAUACAUAGCUAGGUUUCGUGAUGAAUGAAUUAAGCUGGAAAAUUAAUCGUCGACUUUUUUUCAUCAACAGAUUUAUUUAUUUUCGUUUUAACUAAAAAGGAAUGUUGACUGAACUCAUGUUAUGGCAUUACAAGUGAAGUAAUAAAAUAGUGAUAAACAAAGUGUCAUGUGAAAACCGAAUUUAUUAAUUCUAAAAUGGUUAAUACUAAAAGUUGUAGUGUGCUUGUGCUAUAUUAUAAUAUUCUAUCAUUUAAAGAGGAAAAUUAGAACAAAUAGCUGACUGUCAACAAGAUGGGUUGUUGUCCAAGAGGUGAUACUGUAGUAAGUCCCGUUGUAAAGUAUGUACUCCUCAUUGGAACAUUUCUACAUUGGAUGUGUGGCGGUGCUAUGGUUGGUAUAGGAAUCUGGGCGUUUGUGGAGAAGAAUAAAUUCUUUUAUCAACCGAUACAGACCGUGUAUGAUAUUAUAUUUGACCUAUCAAUCAUAUUGAUAGUAACUGGCGGUGUCAUGUUUAUAAUAACCAUGUGUGGUUUCGUUGGAGCUCUCCGAGAAAAUACAUGCCUUUUGAGAUUUUUUUACAUAUCCCUGACACUUAUAUUUCUGAUGGAGAUAACGGCAGGCGUUCUUGCAUUUGUUUUCAAAGAAAAGGUUUUAGAAAUUCUGAGUGGCGUACUCAAAGACGUGUACAUAGAGGGCUAUCACAAUGACGAGGAGGCGGUCAUGGACUUCUUUCAAGAAAACUUUAAUUGUUGUGGUGUGACAAGUUUUGAGGACUGGAAUAUUAACGAAUAUUACAACUGUACAGAUUCCAAUCCCAGUCAACUAAGAUGUGCUGUCCCUUACUCCUGCUGCAAAGAUCCGGACGAGUUAUCGCCUGGCUUGAAUAAUAUACUUUGCGGCGGUGGCGCUUUGUCAUCUAAUUAUACUGCAUUCAAAGUGUGGACGACUGGUUGUGUUGAUCGUGUCAUGUACAUUGCAAAGAAGAAUCUUCCGAUCAUAGGAGCCGUGGCUAUAGCUAUUGCUUUACCUCAACUCAUUGGCAUCAUUCUAGGAAAUAUAUUUGUUGGUCAGAUAGAAGAUCAGUGGUCAAGAUAUAAGUCACAUCAGAGAAGGAGACGUUACCUGGACGAAAGAGAUAGAGGCGGACGUAGAUAUUGACCAGUUGUACAACAUUAUCAUAUAUACUUCCUCUUUUCAUUUACUCAAACAUUUAUAUUAUUAUUUCAUCAUAACAGAACACACUGGAUGGUUGUAAAGGAUAUUGUCUUUUGUGCAUAUGCUAGUAUUGAUAUUUUAUAAAACUCUUCAUGAAUGACCUUUCUAAACUUAAAAUGUAUACUGCAUUGGUCAUUUUCUUUACCACGGAAGGUAGAAUAAAAAAAAUUCAGCAUUCAUUUUAAUGAGCUAAUUGUUAUAUAUGUAUGCAUGUGAUAAUUUAGUUUAUAUGUCCUUGUCAGGCUACAAAUAGCCUUUCUAUAGGGAUAACUUAAAAUAGACCUGAUAACUAAAUUCAUGGCAUCAUUUUGAUAAACGCUUAAUAUUGUAUAAUUCACAAUUUUACAUGCAUAAUCACGAAGACGAAGUGUACAGCCAAACGUUCUAUCAACAUAUUCGUCGACCCUUCAGUGGAAUGGCAUCAUUUAUUAGUUGACAUAUUUAUUCAAAUAAGUUUUCUGAGGUCCUUCAAUGCUAGAAAUGUAUGUAAAAAUAGAUGAGUUUUCUCCUGUUGUAAUCUUAAUCAGAAGUUAGUUUAAACAAUAUUUAUUUCACUAAUUUUCAAACAUAGAUCUAUAUACAUUACAAUCAGUCAGAAGACAUUGUUUAACAAAAACCAUGAAAAACUGAAGAUAUAAAUUAAGAUGUAAACAAUGCUAAUGACUUUAUAACAUAAUUAAAUUCGGAAGAGGAUUCAAGACUUAUAUAAAUUCAUUUCCUCGGUGGGUUGGAAAGGAUGACGGCUGACUCGUCAAAAUAACGCGUAAUGUUUUUAGAUUUAGAUAUGAAUUUACAAUAAAAGUGAUAAAAGAGUUCCAGUCUGGAACUGGGUUGUUUGCUAUCGAUAAGACAGUUAACUUAAUAUAAUGUAUAAACCCUGCUUAUGAAGUCGCUCUUUAAUAAGCGCAAACACUAUGAUGUAUAUCGUUUAGUGGCGACUAUGUGUUUUUUGGACUUACCAAAGAUAUUUGUGUUUUUUUUCAAAGUUGAGAUGUUCAGAGCCAUAUAGUAGUUUUUGAACAGUUGAAGGACACGAAAGGUUCGUAAAGGAAAUAUUCUUUGAACUUGAAAGUUUGGACAGGAAAGAAGAUAAUGAUUUAUAGUUUCAAUAUUGCCACAGGAACAGUGUGAGUCGUUGACAAUAGAUUUGCGAUCGUGAUUUAAAGAACUGCAGCCUAGAAGUUAACGAGUGUGAAGAACUUGUGCUUUUCUUCCUAUUCAGAAAUUAGCUUAAAAUUGUUUCAUUUUCACUUAAGAGUCGAUCAAGUUUGAGUAUAUACAUAUAAUAUAGACUGUUAAUAUAGAUCUCUCUAUUUUUUAAGUGCAGCAUUAUUUAAGAUUUGAUUUGAUCAGAUUGGUAACACUGUAUAAACACGAAGUAUAGAAGUGUUGAGUGUAAUUGAUUCACAAUAGACAGUAACAAUUCCAAUACAGUAACACCGACACUGUAAAAGUCACAUAAGGACUUUGCAGCUUUACAGCUGGAGAAAUACAAAAUAAGUCCAUAAUUCAGUCACAAGUGGGC